UGACCCAGGUGCGUACGCGACGGAGCGGGGUGUGAAGAUGGCGGACGAGGAGGCCGAUCCGGAGAGGCCGAGCCGCGGCGGCGGCGGCUGCGCGACAGAGCUGCAGCGCCUGGGCGAGCGGCUUCAGGAGCUGGAGCGGCAGCUGCGGGAGAGCUCAGGGCCGGCCGUGGAGGCGGCCGCCGAGUACUGUCGGCAGCUGUGCCAGACACUUCUAGAAUAUGCAGAGAAAUGGAAAACUUCAGAAGAUCCCUUGCCUUUAUUGGAGGUAUACACAGUGGCUAUCCAAAGUUAUGUUAAAGCCCGACCUUAUCUUACAUCUGAAUGUGAAAAUGUAGCCUUGGUUCUGGAACGCUUGGCAUUAAGCUGUGUUGAACUUUUACUGUGUCUGCCUGUUGAGUUACCAGAUAAACAGUGGCAACAAUUUCAGUCACUGGUGCAGGUAGCUCAUGAAAAGCUGAUGGAGAAUGGCAGCUGUGAAUUGCAUUUUUUAGCUACUCUAGCUCAAGAGACUGGGGUGUGGAAAAACCCGGUGCUGUGCACUGUUCUUUCCCAGGAACCAUUGGAUAAGGAUAAAGUGAAUGAAUUUUUAGCUUUUGAGGGUCCCAUCUUGUUGGAUAUGAGAAUUAAACAUCUAAUCAAAACAAAUCAGUUAAGCCAAGCAACUGCCCUAGCAAAGCUGUGCUCUGACCACCCCGAGAUUGGUACAAAGGGCAGCUUUAAGCAAACUUACCUUGUCUGUCUUUGUACAUCAUCACCAAAUGAAAAGUUAAUCGAAGAGAUUUCAGAAGUUGAUUGCAAAGAUGCACUAGAAAUGAUCUGUAACUUAGAGUCUGAGGGUGACGAGAAAAGUGCUCUUGUUCUGUGUGCUGCGUUUCUGUCACGCCAGCUCCAGCGAGGAGAUAUGUAUUGUGCUUGGGAACUCACUCUAUUUUGGAGUAAAUUACAGCAAAGAAUAGAACCAUCUAUACAAGUAUACCUUGAGAGGUGUCGUCAGCUGUCUUUAUUAACGAAGACAGUAUAUCAUAUUUUCUUCUUGAUUAAAGUUAUUAAUUCAGAGACUGAAGGCGCUGGACUUGCCACCUGUAUAGAACUAUGUGUAAAAGCCCUUCGCUUGGAAUCUACAGAAAAUACUGAAGUGAAAAUUUCUAUUUGCAAGACCAUUUCAUGUCUGUUGCCUGAUGAUCUGGAAGUUAAACGUGCUUGUCAACUGAGUGAAUUUCUUAUUGAGCCCACUGUCGAUGCAUAUUAUGCAGUAGAAAUGCUGUAUAACCAGCCAGACCAGAAAUAUGAUGAAGAGAGUCUACCAAUACCAAAUUCUUUACGCUGUGAGCUCUUACUUGUAUUGAAAACUCAAUGGCCCUUUGAUCCAGAAUUCUGGGAUUGGAAAACCUUAAAACGACAAUGUCUUGCAUUAAUGGGAGAAGAAGCAUCCAUUGUGUCUUCUAUAGAUGAGCUGAAUGACAGUGAAGUGUAUGAGAAAGUAGCAGACUACCAGGAAGCGGGCAAAGAGCCUUCUCUGAAUGGCCUUUCUGGGGCAGUUGGUGCUAGUUCUAGCCUUCUUAAAGACAUUGGUGAUGAAAAGCAGAAGAAGAGAGAGAUAAAACAGUUGCGAGAGAGGGGAUUCAUAUCUGCUAGGUUUAGAAAUUGGCAGGCCUAUAUGCAGUAUUGUGUGCUGUGUGACAAAGAAUUCCUUGGGCAUAGAAUAGUACGACAUGCUCAAAAACAUUACAAAGAUGGAAUUUACAGCUGUCCCAUAUGUGCAAAGAACUUUAAUUCUAAAGAAACUUUUGUCCCCCAUGUCACAUUGCAUGUCAAACAAUCUAGUAAAGAGAGACUAGCAGCUAUGAAACCAUUAAGAAGAUUGGGAAGACCUCCUAAGAUCACAACUGUCAGUGAGAAUCAGAAGACCAGCACGGUGGCUAAGCAGGAACAGCGGCCGAUAAAAAAGAACAGUCUCUAUUCAACAGACUUCAUUGUGUUUAAUGAUAAUGAUGGGUCAGAUGAUGAGAAUGAUGACAAAGAUAAGUCUUAUGAGCCAGAAGUGGUCCCAGUUCAGAAACCAGUACCUGUUAAUGAAUUUAAUUGCCCUGUCAGUUUUUGUAAAAAGGGCUUUAAGUACUUUAAGAAUUUAAUUGCUCAUGUAAAGGGGCAUAAAGAUAAUGAAGAUGCCAAGCGCUUCCUUGAAAUGCAGAGCAAAAAAGUCAUUUGCCAGUACUGUAGACGGCAUUUUGUGAGUGUUACUCAUCUCAAUGAUCACUUGCAAAUGCAUUGUGGAAGUAAACCAUAUAUCUGUAUACAGAUGAAAUGUAAGGCUGGCUUUAAUAGUUAUGCAGAGCUUUUGACCCACCGAAAGGAGCAUCAAGUCUUCAGAGCAAAAUGUAUGUUUCCUAAAUGUGGCAGAAUUUUUUCAGAAGCUUAUUUACUAUAUGAUCAUGAAGCACAACAUUAUAAUACCUACACUUGUAAGUUUACAGGUUGUGGUAAAGUUUAUCGUUCUCAGAGUGAGCUGGAGAAGCAUCUGGAUGAUCACAACACUCCUGAAAAAGUGCUGCCCCCUGAAGACCAAUUUAAUUCAUCUGCAGAUUCUGUUCAGCCUUCCAAAGUGAGUCAGAACACAGCUGAGAAUAUGGAGAAAGAAAGAGCUGUGCUUCCUUCAGAAAAUGUUGAAAACAGCUCACCAGCAGAGAGGAGUGGUGCUUGGGAUGAAAGCAAAGUGGAGGCAGCUGUGACCAAACGAGAUCAGAUUUCUGCCUCUGAGCUCACACCCGCUAAUGGAUCAUUGUCAAAUGGCUUGGAAAACCCUGCUACUCCUCUGCUUCAGGCCAGUGAAGUAGCUGUGUCCAUUAAGGUGUCUCUGAAUCAGGGGAUUGAGGGUAACUUUGGAAAGCAAGAAAGUUCAGCUGCACAAGCCAGUGGUGAACCACUGGUCACAAACUCACACACCCUAGUUAGAGACUCUUGUAAUGAUGUGCAUCAUCCAGCUUUCCCAGAGAGGAAAGAACAGGGUUGUUUUAAUGAAGCCCAGAUUACUCAGAAUUCCUUAGUAAAUUCAGAAACCCUCAAAAUAGGUGACCUUACCCCACAAAACUUAGAAAGACAAGUGAACAACCUGAUGACCUUUUCUGUGCAAAGUCAGGCAGCAUUUCAAAACAACUUACCAAUAUCUAAGUUUGAAUGUGGAAGUAAUGUCAAAGCAUCAUCUGGUCUUUAUAAUUUACCUCUUAAGACUUUGGAAAGUAUCACAUUUAUUCCAGCACAGCCCAACCUAAGUAGUUCGUUAGGAACUCCAUCAGUGCCUCCAAAAGCUCCAGUUCAGAAAUUCAGCUGCCAGGUUGAGGGAUGUACUCGGACCUAUAAUUCAUCACAGAGUAUAGGAAAACACAUGAAAACAGCACACCCUGAUCAGUAUGCUGCAUUUAAAAUGCAGCACAAAAGUAAAAAAGGUCAGAAAUCUAAUAACUUGAAUACUCCCAAUAAUGGAAAGUUUGUUUAUUUUUUGCCACCACAGGUGACCAGUUCUAAUACAUUUUUCACACCACAGACCAAAGCCAGUGGGAGCCCCACUUGUGUGGCCGCGUUGCAGCAUGUCUCACCUCCCAUUUUCUCACCUCAUUUGGCAAGUGUAUCAGCUCCAUUGUUGCCCUCAAUGGAAAGUGUCAUAAAUGCAAAUAUGUCUACUCAGGAUAAAAAUGAACAAAGUGGUAUGUUGUGUUCCCAAAUGGAAAAUUUGUCCAAUGCUACCUUGCCGGCACAAAUGGAAGAUUUAACCAAAACAGUUUUGCCUUUGAACAUUGACAGUGGCUCAGAUCCUUUCCUUCCUUUACCUGCUGAAAGCAGUUCAAUGUCUCUUUUCCCUUCACCAGCCGAUAGUGGGACUAAUUCUGUUUUUUCUCAACUGGAAAAUAAUACCAAUCGUUAUUCCUCACAGAUUGAAGGAAACGCAACUUCCACCUUUCUAAAGGGGGGUAAUGGUGAGAAUGAAGUUUUUCCUUCCCAAGUGAAUGUUGCAGAUGACUUUAAUAGCACGAAUGUCCAACAGUCUGCACCUGAAAAAGUCAAAAAAGACCGUGGGCGGGGCCUGAAUGGGAAGGAGAGAAAACCCAAGCACAACAAAAGGGCUAAAUGGCCUGCAAUUAUCAGAGAUGGGAAGUUUAUCUGUAGCAGGUGUUAUAGGGCUUUCACUAACCCCAGAUCGCUGGGUGGACACUUAUCCAAACGGUCUUACUGUAAGCCCCUGGACGGAGCAGAAAUUGCUCAGGAGCUUCUGCAGAGUAGUGGGCAGCCUUCCCUUCUUGCCAGCAUGAUUCUCUCCACCAGUGCAAUUAACCUGCAGCAGCCACAACAAUCUGCCUUCCAUCCAGAAACAUGUUUCAAAGAUCCUUCAUUCCUACAGCUUCUUGCUGAAAAUCACUCAUCAACGUUUUUACCAAAUACAUAUCCUCGACCUGGUGUGACUAACUUUAAUACCAGUGUUAAUCAAGAAGGAAGUGAAAUUAUUAAGCAGGCCUUGGAAACUGCUGGCAUUCCCAGUACAUUUGAGGGCAGUGAAAUCCUUUCUCAUGUUCCAACAGGUUGUGUCUCAGAUACAUCACAAGUAAAUGCCACAGUGAUGCCAGACCCAGCUGUGCCAUCCCUGUUGCAGACUGUAUGCUAUUCAAAUGCCCUAUUGACAAACCAGAGCAGGACACCAAACUCCAAAAAUUCUGUUGAGGAAUGCAGCAAUUUGCCUGUUUUCCCAGCAAGUGACUUACUCCUGAAGACUGUUGAAAAUGGCCCGUGCUCUAGCUCAUUCCCUGAUUCUAGUGGACCAUCCCAAAACUUUACCACUAACAGUUCACGUGUUUCAGUUAUUAGUGGUCCUCAGAACACAAGAUCCAGUCACUUAAAUAAAAAGGGAAACAGUGCUUCUAAGAGAAAAAAGAAAGCAACACCUUCGCUGAUUGCACCUAAUGUUUCCCAAAACUUGGUGACAGGUGACUUAACAGCAGUGGAACUCUUGGCAAAGAAUAUUGAGAUCCCGACUACUAACCUUCAUUCAGCUGUAAUUCCAAGUUGUGAAUCUCGGGAUUUGGUGGAAAAUCUAACACAGAAAUUAAAUAGUGUUGACAAUCAGUUAUUUAUGACUGAUGUAAAAGGAAACUUCAAAACCAAUCUUGAGGCCCAUACAGUGUUAGCUCCUUUAACAUUAAAAACUGAAAAUGGUGAUUCUCAAAUGAUGGCUUUAAAUUCAUGCACAACUUCAAUAAAUUCUGAUUUGCAGAUUUCCGAAGAUAAUGUUAUACAAAACUUUGAAAAGACUCUCGAAAUUAUUAAAACUGCUAUGAAUUCUCAAAUACUUCAGGUAAAAAGUGGGUCUCAUGGUGCUGGUGAAGCAUCACAGAAUGCACAAACCAGCUGUAACCUCCAUCUCCCCUCAGUUAGCACUGCACAAAACAGCACACCACCCGAGUCUUCUCAGUUGGCCUCCUUUGUCAACAUCAUGCCCGCAAAAGGCGACAUUCCUCAGUGUGGACCAUUGCCUAAGGAGGAUCAAGUACAGGAGAUUUUAGAAGGCUUACGGAGACUGAAACUAGAAAAUGACCUAUCUUCUCCUGCAUCUCAGUGUGUGCUGAUAAAUACAUCUGUGAUACUGACUCCUGCUCCUGUUAAGCCACUUCCAAAUGUCACAGUUAAACCAGUUUCUGAAAUGAUAAACAUUCAGUUUAGUGACAAAAUUAAUAAGCCCUUUGUGUGUCAAGACCAAGGCUGUAGCUACAGUGCUAUGACAAAAGAUGCAUUAUUUAAGCACUAUGGUAAAAUUCAUCAGUAUACUCCAGAGAUGAUUCUUGAAAUUAAGAAGAAUCAGUUGAAAUUUGCUCCAUUUAAGUGUGUGGUACCUACAUGUACAAAAACAUUUACACGAAAUUCAAACCUCCGGGCACACUGUCAGUUAGUACAUCAUUUUACAACUGAAGAAAUGGUAAAGUUAAAAAUAAAAAGGCCAUAUGGAAGAAAAUCUCACAGUGAAAAUUUGUCAGCACCACAAAUCACACAAGUGAAAAAACAGCUAGCUGUGACAGAGGAAAAUAAAAGGGAAUCCCAGCCUGCUUUGCAACUGGGAGCAGAGACAGAAAAUGCCUUCAGUAAUGUAGCAGUGAUCCCAGAAAAACAAAUUAUAGAAAAAAAAAGUCCUGAAAAAACAGAAAGUUCUCCACAAGUGAUUACAGUUACUUCAGAGCAACAUGAUGCACAUUCUCUCACAAACAUACAAACCAAAGGACGCAAAAUCAGGAGACUUAAAAAAGAAAAAGAGGAGAAGAAACGAAAGAAGCCAGUUUCCCGAUCCCUUGAGUUUCCAACAAGAUACAGUCCCUACAGACCAUAUCGAUGUGUUCACCAGGGAUGCUUUGCUGCCUUCACGAUACAGCAAAACUUGAUUCUUCAUUACCAGGCUGUACACAAAUCAGAUCUACCUGCAUUUUCUGCAGAGGUUGAAGAGGAAAAUGAAGGUAAAGAAAAUGAAGAAACUGAAACUAAACAAACUAUGAAAGAAUUUCGAUGUCAGGUGAGUGACUGUUCUCGAAUUUUUCAAGCAAUUACUGGCCUAAUACAACACUACAUGAAACUUCAUGAAAUGACUCCUGAGGAAAUUGAAAGUAUGACUGCUUCAGUAGAUAUUGGUAAAUUUCCAUGUGACCAAUUAGAGUGCAGAUCUUCAUUUACUACGUAUUUGAACUAUGUUGUUCAUCUAGAGGCAGACCAUGGAAUUGGGAUAAGGGCAAGUAAGACAGAAGAUGACGGCAUAUACAAGUGUGACUGCGAAGGCUGUGACCGGAUAUAUGCAACUCGCUCUAAUCUCCUCCGACACAUUUUUAAUAAGCAUAAUGAUAAACAUAAAGCUCAUUUGAUUCGGCCAAGAAGGUUAACACCUGGCCAGGAAAAUAUAUCAAGCAAGGCAAACCAAGAAAAAUCUAAGUCUAGACAUCGGGGAACAAAACACAGCAGAUGUGGGAAAGAAGGAAUAAAAAUGCCUAAGACCAAACGAAAGAAAAAAAGUAAUUUAGAAAACAAGAAUACAAAGAUUGUGCAGAUUGAAGAAGAUAAGCCUUAUUCCCUGAAACGUGGGAAGCAUGUAUAUUCUAUAAAGGCUAGAAAUGAUGCCUUGUCUGAGUGUACAAGCAGAUUUGUAACCCAGUAUCCAUGUAUGAUAAAGGGAUGUACUUCAGUUGUUACAAGUGAAAGCAAUAUAAUUAGACAUUAUAAGUGCCAUAAAUUAUCAAAGGCAUUUACAGCACAACACCGAAAUCUUCUUAUUGUCUUCAAACAGUGUUGCAACUCACAAGUAAGAGAACCUGAGCAAGAAGACAAGAUUGAUGUGAAAGAUUCUGACACAUGUGUAUCAGAGAGCAGUGGUGAUUCAAGAGCAACUACAGUUCCACAGAAGGAAGUUGAAAAAAAUGAAAAAGAUGAAAUGGAUGAGCUAACGGAAUUAUUUAUUACAAAAUUAAUAAAUGAAGAUAGCACAAGCACGGAAGCCCAAGCUAAUACCUCCUCAAAUGUAAGUAAUGAUUUUCAGGGAAAGAACCCCUGCCAGCCAGAAAGGCAGAAAGCAAGCAAUCUGAAGAGAGUUAAUAAAGAAAAAAAUGUCUCACAAAAUAAAAAAAGGAAAGUAGAAAAGGCUGAGCCCACACCAGUGGUUGAGUUAAGCACUGUUCAUAAGGAAGAAGAGACUGCAGUGGCGAUUCAGACCACUGAGGAGCACCCUGCGUCUUUUGACUGGAGCUCAUUUAAACCAAUGGGAUUUGAAGUAUCUUUUUUAAAGUUUCUUGAAGAGUCUGCAGUGAAGCAGAAGAAAAAUACUGACAAAGACCAUCCAAAUAGUGGAACCAGAAAAGGAUCCCAUUCAAAUUCAAAGAGAAAUAUUGACAAGACUGCUGUGACUAGUGGAAAUCAUAUAUGUCCUUGUAAAGAAAGUGAAAUGUUUGUACAGUUUGCCAACCCAUCCCAGCUUCAGUUCAGUGAUAAUGUAAAAAUUGUUUUAGACAAGAAUCUUAAAGAUUGCACUGAGCUUGUCUUAAAGCAACUUCAGGAAAUGAAACCUACUGUCAGUCUGAAAAAACUUGAAGUACAUUUAAAUGAUCCAGAUAUGUCUGUUAUGAAAGAAAUCAGUGUAGGGAAAGCCAUAGGCAGAGGACAGUACUGAUAAUUAAUGUACUAUAAAUACAUCAUUUAUAGGUUUAAAUAGGAAGCCAUCAAGCAUGCUAGAAUUGUGAAACUCAUUUUUUUUUACUGUUGCCGACCUGAAUUAGCCUGCCCCCCCCCCAAACAAACAAACAAAAAAACAUGACAUGUGUCAUGUAAAACAUUUUUUUAUCCCUAUGGGACUUGAGGAACAGAAUCAGUACUUCACUUAUUGUAAAUAUUGAGCUAAACCUCAAAUUUCUAUAACCCAGUUGCCCUUCUCAUGAACUUAACUGAGUUAUCUGUGUGAUUGGUCUGUGUCACCAGGUCACUGCUCAUGCAUAAUAGUACUCUUUGUAGAUACCUUUUUUGUAUAUAUUUAUUACUGUAAAUCAUUUUGCUGCCACCAGCAGUCUAUAAGUCUAAAGUAUUAAAUGACACAUUUAUAUUUGAAAUUUUAAUUUUUAAGUGAUCAACUUUUUAAAACUGUUUUUUGUUAUUUUAAAUUAAGAAUUUUUUGAACUAAAACUAGAAGCUCUGCCAUAGUUCAUUGAUUUUUACAUGAAACAUUUAUUUACAAGAUAAUCUCAAGAUUACUUUUCACAAAGUAGGCACAUUAUUAUCAAACACUUCUGCUUUGUAAAUUUGCCAUCCAGGGUUCUUGGGUGGUAUUCGUUGAGAAAGCAGAUUCCUUAACAGUUUCCUACAGCUACAGUUUUGGUUUUUUCUCAUUGCUUCUAAUUGAAUAUAGUUGCUCUGACUCCAUGAAAUAUAAUGGAAAUGUGAAUAAAGAAUUUACUACAUUGAAGAUUUUAAACAUUUGGUAUUAAAAAAAAUCCUUUGUGAAUGUGAUAGAAACUAGUCGUGUGGAGCAGUAUAAAUAUUUGAGAUGGUGAUUUGUGAAGUAGCCCAGUAUUGCCUUAAAUAAAAUCACAUUUCAUUUAUUGUUUUAUACAUGUGAUCUUAUAAAGGUUCCCCCCGUCCAAUUUCUGAGAUUUAUAGAUUGGUGUAUAGCUUUAAACUGUAUAAAGUUUUGUGGAAAGAUUUUUUUAAACAUUUUUAUAAAUCUUAAAAUUGAUAUCAUCAAAGUGAGCCCAUCUUGUGUUUAUAAAAUACAAGAGUUCUUAACAUUUAUAAUUACAUAGAUGAAACACUUUCUAUAAGGAAGUUGGAAAUUUUGAUUUUACUGUUUAUAGAUGUUAGAUUGUACAGAUUUGUCUGUAUUUUCUCACCAUAUCUAAUGAUACUUUUUUCAUUAGAUUGGUCUUUAAGAGCAGUAUUAGUUGUUACAAUUGAUUAUUUUGAUUAUUUCAUAUAUGGUUAGCUCUUAUAGUUUAGGGUUUGUCUAUUUAUACUGUGGAUUCACAGCCAGAGGUAGAGGUUAUUUCAGGAGAGGUUUGAUGACCUUUGUUUAAAGUUCAGCUAAAAUCAGUGCUGGAAACAAAAGGAAGCAUCCUUUCAAUAUUUACUUUUGUUUCUGUUUGCCAUAAAUAGUAGCAUUGAUUUUUUACUUUUAUUUGUUAUAAAAUAGUUGCAUUCACAAUAUUAUUGGCCUGAGACACUGAUGAUAUUGUGAUGAUAUGAAAAUGUGUCUGUUCCCCAUGCAAGAUCAGAUUUAAGGAAAAAUGAAGCACUUAUCCUUAACUGAAAUCGCUGGUACUCUGAAUAAAUGAGCAUGGUCAAGGAGUGAACUAUUUUCUUUUGGAAAAUAUUUUUUUAAGUUUUAUUAAAGUAUUAUAGUUUUAUUUUUAGGGCC